AUGUCGACUAUUGGUCGGUUCGGGCGGUAUGUGGGCUCGUUACGACCACCAAUCCGCAUUACCAUUUCGUCACCCACCGAUAACGAUUACCAGGAACUUAAGAGCGAUUCUGUCCUGAGUCGAUCUCCUUGUUCGCAACGAUCCUCCUUCGAUGACUCCUCCUUCCUACCUUCUCCAGUUUCUCGAACAGUAUCCAACGACUUCAGCUCAGAAGCAAGCGACCUCGUCUGGGUAAAACUGAAAAUUCGGAAUCGAACAGUAUUUGGCUAUGCGUAUCCAAGGAUUAUUCCCAGAUCAGCAUGGGGCUGGCCGAAGAGAGCCUAUAUUCAGCGGCAACGUCGGUGUACAAGACGGCAGUGCUUGACCUUUGUCGGCAUUGUUAUACUUCUAGCGAUAUUUACUCCGAUUUUUGUGACCCAACAGUUAAAAACUUGGAGGGAAAAUAAGGCAAGACGAGGCUGGGGAUAUGGUGUCCCUCGUGUUAGCGGCUUGGAUGAAUGGGGCUGGCCGUUAUGGGAGAAAACCUUUCAGCAUCUCCAGCACAACUAUGGCGGUAUCAAAGAACUAGUUCCCAAAAACGAGAAUGUUCCCGAAUAUCCCCCUCUCGGUGACGAAGUUGAAGGAGCAGCAGAGCCAACAUACUCAAAACCGUUCGCGAGCCCCGUACCCGUAGAAUUCAAACCAUACCCGGACUAUUCCUCUAGUGAAUAUCGAGAGAAUCACGAGGGCGAAUAUGUUCCUUGCAGAAGUUUCAUUGAAGGAGAAGUUCUUAUGGCAUCAGACCCACCCUCAAAGGUCUAUGCCGGUAUCCCAUGGAGAAAAGCUGAUGCUGUAAUCGGAUCUGCUGAGCUUGUUGGACUUGACGACACCGUCUGUUGGGAAAGAGACUCCUUGCUUGCGCCAUACGGAUUUGGUGACAAUACUACACUCCCAUUGCACGAGGACUGGAAGAACGCUACGACAAUUGACUUCACGGGUGUCAAUUGGGGCAACCUACAAACCGAGUGUGUGGACCGGAAUAAAGCCAGAUAUAACCCAUCUCCCACCAAUGCAGGCAGCAUUCCCAUCUGGACUCCUCCCGUGGGCAACUCCAAGCGUGACCUGGACUCGAAACCUGAAAACUCUACCGAAGUAUCGAAGUACAAGUCUCGAACUGCCGUCGUCCUCCGUGCUUAUGAUGGAUUCAAGUUUACGCCCGAAGACAUCAUUAACCUUCGUCGUCUGAUCACCGAGCUAUCGCUUCUGAGUGGUGGGGAAUACCAGGUUCAUGUUAUUAUCGACGUCAAGGACUUUGAAAUUCCAAUCUGGGCCGAUGAAAAGACCUACCAGGGGAUUAUCAACAAGGUAGUUCCGGAGGAAUUCAGGGGUAUCGUUGAGCUCACAAACGAGCCUAUGAUGGCCGCUUCAUACUGGAGUGCCCCAUGGCAUGAUUCUUAUUGGUCGUUAUUCAUGCCACUGCAACUCUUUUCAAGGAGACAUCCAGAAUAUGACUACAUUUGGCAAUGGGAAAUGGACAUGAGAUUGAUCGGACAUCAUUACCACUUCCUAGAAGGGCUCGGUCAGUGGGCUAAGAAACAACCAAGAAAGGAACUUUGGGAACGUAACGCUCGGCACUAUAUUCCUUCCGUUCACGGCACCUGGGAGGAGUUCAGCGCCUGGGUGUCCAGCUUGUACCCAGAAGCAAACUCUACCGUCUGGGGACCAGUUCUCCCAGCAAACGUCACGGCAAUCGAUCCACCACAGCCACCAGUCGCUACCCCAGAGGAGGAUAACUACGAGUGGGGUGUUGGAGAAGAAGCUGACCUGAUUACACUGCUCCCAAUGUUCAAUCCAAUCGGAGGAACCUGGAACCUCGCAAACGACUGUAAGGUGUACGAAGAAAAAGACAAUACCCCCCGUCGAGCAGCUAUUGUUACUGCCAGCCGACUCUCAAAGGGCCUUCUGUGGCGUAUGCACGAGGAAAAUUCAAAGAGACAACACAGCUGCGCCUCAGAGAUGUGGCCGGCGACGGCUGCUUUCCAUCACGGACUUAAAGCCGUCUACGCACCGCACCCGAUGUGGUUCGAGAAAGACUGGCAAAGCAUGAGCACCGUCGACUAUAUCUUCAACGGUGGUACCAAAGGAUCGUCCAAUCCUGAGAGCGUGUUUGGUAUCAACGAGCACAACUUCUCUGGAUUGACUUGGUUUUAUAAUUCGAGAUGGGCAAGAAUGCUGUACAGACGGUGGUUAGGUUAUGAGGAGAAUGGUGGUGGAAGGGAGUGGGAAGCAGAGCAUGGAAACAUGUGUCUGAAUAGUGUCGUUCUACACCCAGUCAAGAGUGUAACCCCGGCCAACGAACAUUAG